UGUGAUAGAGAGCCCACGCUGAAAGAAGUGGUGAUUGAAAUGCAGGGAAGUAUUUUGGUUGCAAAAAGAAUAGAAGAACAAAAGUAGUUGAGGAGAAUUGAAUGGUAACACAAUGAAACAUUAUUUGGGGAUUAGCCAGUGAAAGUUAGGGAAAAGCAACAAAACAAAAGCAGUGUGGGGGAAAUGAGGGAGAGGGAUGGUCACAGAGCAGUGUUACCGAAGAGAAUAAUUCUGGUGCGCCACGGGGAGUCGCAGGGGAACAACGACCCCGCCGCAUACGACACAACGCCCGACCCUAAGAUCCAGUUGACAACGCAAGGCAUUGCACAGGCGCGACACGCCGGGGCGCGCAUGCGCCACCUCAUCGCUGGCGGAGGCUCCACCAAUUGGCGCGUCUACUUCUACGUCUCUCCCUACGCCCGCACCCGAUCCACGCUCCGGGAGAUUGGUCGCUCCUUCUCUAGGAAGCGCGUCAUCGGAGUCAGGGAAGAGUGCCGCAUACGCGAACAGGACUUCGGCAACUUCCAGGUGCAGGAACACAUGAACGUCAUCAAGGAGACUCGACAACGCUUCGGCAGAUUCUUCUAUCGGUUUCCAGAAGGAGAAUCCGCCGCCGACGUCUUCGAUCGCGUUUCCAGUUUCCUCGAAUCUCUGUGGAGGGAUGUUGACAUGAACAGACUUAACCACGAUCCUUCUGAUGAUCUGAAUUUGAUAAUUGUGUCACAUGGACUGGCAUCUCGUGUUUUCAUGAUGAAGUGGUUCAAGUGGACAGUUGAACAGUUUGAGCUUCUGAGAAAUUUUGAAAACGGUGAGUUCCGCGUGUUACAGUUGGGGAGUGGUGGAGAGUACAGUUUGGCAGUUCAUCACGCAGACGAAGAACUGCUUGAGUGGGGUCUCUCUCCUGAUAUGAUAGCUGAUCAGAAAUGGCGAGCCUGUGCCAACAAGGGUGAGUGGAACGAUCGAUGUUCCUGGUACCUUGAUUCUUUUUUCGAUCCUCUUCCUGAUUCUGAUGAUGACAAUGUGGAUAAACUUGACGAGACAAAUUCUGACUGUGCAUAGCUAGCUUCUGGGUUGGGUUUCGUAGUUAACAUUUAUUGGACAGUAGGUUGUUCUUUGUUUGAAGAAAGAAAAUUUCAUUUCCAAAACAGAGGGAAGUUAAGAAGGGAAAGGACAAGGUGAUUAACGGUUGUUCCUUCUUAGUUAGCUGCCCUAAUCAUUCAUUCAUCAUCAUAAGCUUGGCAUUCAAUUGUAAGGAAUGGUUGUUUUGUGAAUGCAUAAUGAAUGGUUGUUUUGUGAAUGCAUAAUGAAUGGUUGCUUUGUGAAUGCAUAAUG